GGGGAAGUUGGUUGGAGUCAAACCACUCGGCAACUCUCACGCGAAUCAUGACGAAGAAGGCUGGUGCUGCGCCAAAGAAGACGCCGGUUGCCGCGGCUAAGAAGCUUGCUGCUGCCGCAUCCACACACAAGAAGGAAGCUCCUGCUCCAGUGACAAGAAAAGCGGCUGCACCCAAGGAGCCGUCCGCGAAAAGCGCCCCAACGGUUACCAAGGCACUGUCUGCGAAGGAGACACCUACUGCUGCACCCAAGGCAGUGACUGCCGCGAAGAAGGAAGCUGUUUCUCCUGCUUCUAAGAAGGCAAAGAAACCUGCCACUGCUCCUCCUAAGACAGACGUGCCAGCUAAAAAAGCUGCGCCAGCCAAAAAGGUGGCUGCCGUUAAGCAAGAACCCACGAAGAAGGUGACUGCUGUUGCCAAAAAGACAAAGACACCCGCCAAGGCGGAAGUGAAAGAAACUCCCAAGGCAACCGAAGCGACGAAGAAGCCUGCUGUCGAAUCCAAAACGACUGAGAAGAAGGAAGCUGCUGAGAAAAAGGUCCCUACAAAGAAGGCUGCCAAAGCCAAAGAAAAUGCUGUACCAGCCGCCAAGAAGGGAGGAAAGAAAAACAUUGAACAGCAAUUAGCCAAGCUCCAGGGCAACGAGUGGGACUCGGACGACGAAGACGUCUCUGUUCGAGCCUCCACCGCUACUUCCAAGAAGGAACCUGAAAAACUGAACUUUGAAGCAAACGUGGAUUUUGUCGAAUUGACCAAGAAGACCAAGCAAAAUCUGGCACAGUCCAAGGGCGCCACUGCAGCGUCCGCGGAUGCCACUGCCACCCAGUCGAGCACAAUCUUUAUUGGUCGCAUUCCCCACGGGUUUUACGAAAAGCAGAUGCGCGGUUUCUUCAGCCAGUUUGGUGAGAUCAAGCGCCUCAAAGUGUCGCGCAACAAAAAGUCGGGCAAGUCCAAACACUAUGCUUUCAUUGAGUUCGAAGAACCGGACGUGGCCCGUGUCGUUGCCGAUACAAUGGAUGGCUACCGCCUCUUCGACAAGACCUUGAGCUGCAACGUCCUGCCGCUGGACAAGUGCCACGAGCGAAUGUUCAUCGGGGCGAACCGCACGUUCCGCCCGAUUCCGUACCGGAAACUCGCGAUCCGGGAACACAACGCUGGCAAGACGUAUGAACAGCAAGAAGCGAUUAAUGCGCGUCUGCUCGCCAAGGAAACGAUCAAGCGCAACAAACUCAAGGCCCUCGGCAUCGAAUACGAAUUUGAAGGGUACGCCGGAUCCGCCCCUGCCAAGUCGUCGCACGUCAAGUUUUAGCCAACCUAGGAAUGAAAUAAACUACUUUAUGUAUAUCGUUGUUGUUGA